CGCUACUGUGGAAAGAAAGAAAGAUACACGAAAUCUAACAUAUGUAAUCUAUACAUAUGAAGAAACGUUUUCAAACGUUAGCAGAGUUGUAAUUAGCGUAUGGCAUGCGGUGGAACGUGCUUUCCUCGAUGAACUCCAUUACCGCAAUUAUUGCGCUCUGUAAAUUUUCAUUAGUAUGACGCGAUAUCAAGGAGCAUUUAAAGAUUAGCGGAAAUGACCAUUCCAUUUUCCGCUUCCUCGCAAUCACCGAUAAACUCCGCUUUGAAAAUUAUCAUUAAUUUGCAUAUAAUUUACGAGAUCUGCUACGAUAUAUACGUAUUAUUUUAUGGCUCUCCAUAAAAUAUCUUCGAUCCAUUUCGAAAAAACGAAAUUUCUUUUAGCGCUCGAGUUUCACAACGAGGAUAUUAUAUAAAUCUCGUUAAAAUUUCUAGUUUGCACGCGCAGGAAGCGAUUUAAAAGCUAUGACGGACAAGUGCUCAUAAAAUCGUGAUUUCCAUAAGAUAGAUGCUAAUUAAAUAAUAUGCAUGCUAAUUACUUCUCGGUCUAUAAAAAACUUUCAGCAUGCUAUCCUUGCACUUUCCCUUUUCCCUAAUUUAGCUUUUCUCUGGAAGACCUGAGGAGAUUAUUUUUAAAUGUGAUUACUCGUAAUUUAAUAUUGCGAAAAACAUCGGUAACAAACACAGGCUGUAGAAUAACUAGGUUAAAACGGAAAAGAGAUAUUCCUUAUGGAAAUAUAAGAUAUAGAUUCUGACUUUCUUUUUCUUUUUAACACAAUGACGAGCCUCUUCAUCAGCUUCUGCAUAUGAAAUUUAUCAAAGUAUAUAUCCACGCCAAAGUCGGGGUCGGAAGAAAAAAUAGGGAAAAAAGGAAGAUCGGUUAUGCUCGUUCCUGCGAGGCGAUCGCAAUAUUUCGAUUUCAUUUCUCGGACGACCGUGUGCUUCGCAAUUCGCAAUAUUUCAACGGUACACACGUGAUUUAGCACCUUUAUUGAAUUCGAUCUGUCCGCGCGCGCGCGCGCACGCUCGCGAACCGUUUAGAAACCGCAAUCAUGCGCAGCCAGUGACCGGCGGCCCUCCGCUCCUCCGGCGCAGCCCGAUCUGCCAAUAUCUAUGCAAAUCCGCGGCCGAAUGUUACAAGCCUCAUGUCAACCGGACCGAUGAUGCAGAGCCCGUGCCAGAAACACGCAUUCGCAACGCCAACGGCAGCGCAACGCCGACGGUGCACAUCCGCGGUAAACGUUAACUCAACGAUUCAUUAAUAUGCAACCGUUUUCGCGUUACGCCACGACCGCGCGAAAACACAAAAGGGGAGGAAAGAAGGGAAAAAAAAACCGCCACGGUGCACACACUGUUAUAAAACUGGUUCGCGCGCACGUGUUACCCAUUCAUCCUGCAAGCGCCUCGAUUUUUCACCUCUUCGUUUUAUUUCGCCACGCAAAUUUCGAAACGAUUACGAGUAGAGAGGAAGAUAGAAACUCGAGGUGCCUGCCGCUGAUCCGGAAAAAGUGUACAUAUUUGUAGCUCGCACACUUCCGUUUUACUUAUAUUUUAUUUUACAUUCGAGGUGUAUUUCGCGCGGUAUAUAAAAAAAAAACCAAAUGAUAGAUGUAGACCAAGUUGCUCGACGUGAAUGUUCAAUAUAUGGAGUAUUUAUUUAUUUAGUUUUACAGUAAAGUCGGAGUCGCAACUCGAUAUAUCGGGUUUUUGCGUUUCGCAUUACGUGUUUUACGCGCUUCGAGAGUUUCGAUUUGUUUAGCUCUCGGUGGCUAGUUUUAUUUAAAUAGGAGAAGAGAAUUGAUUAUUCGAGAAUAAUUAAUUAUAAUGAAAUAUUGAAAGUGCAUAUUCUGGGUCUUCGUACACGCGCACUCGGAUAUCUCGAUUCUCGAGAUAUCCAUCGAGACGGCGUAGACGCGAGGUAUUCACCGUCGUUUUCCUAUGCGGGCCAAUUCAAUACAUGCAGAUGACAAUGGCCUUAACGUCAGCAGCAUGAGCGAUACUUCUUCUCACAUACUAAUACAAUGCAAAUAGCCGGCGACGGUAACAGUGUCGCGUUAGAUCGUUGCGAAGAUUAUGCAAUAAACGCGCUAUCAAGUCUUUGUUUAAAAAAAAAAAAAAAAAUAUAUGUGAUGUUGGGAUGUACCGCUUUUGUAGGCCUCGUUCGUUUGAAAAUCUCAACUAUUGUACUAACAAUUUCUAUUUCGAUACACUGAAAAAAAAGGAACUCUUGCUGCGUUAAUUGGAAAUCUGGUAGAUUCAACUACUAACGUUUAUUCGAAAACGAACGAUUCAGAAUUCAAUUAGUAUGUUUGUUCGAAAAUGGACGAUUCAGAAAUCUUGUUUUACCAGAUAUAGUAAAGUCUAUCAAACGUUCUAGUUACAAAAUCUCGAGUCUUGUUAUAUAAUAAUAAUAACCAGAAAUUCUGUGCACUUUUACCAAAACAUAUAUAUAUAUAUAUAUCUUGUUAAAUAUAUUUAUAUCAUUUUUCUCUCAAUAUAUAUUUGAAGCAUAAUUUUUAGAAAAAAAUCAAUAAUGUUUGCAGAACCAAGUGAAACGGUGAAAACGUCGUCGUCCUUCGAGGAUUUCGGUCAGUUAUCCAUUGAGCGUUCACGAUUCAUUAAUUCCCGAGUGUGAAAAGCAUUAGUUCGGUCUCAAGUACGAUGACAAUUACUAUUUCAACGUGUACAUACCACAUUCAAUUUUUAAAAAAAAGCAAAACCGAAUUAUAGAAAGAUCCUCGUUCCUCAAGGAUUUGCGCGUUCACGGAUUAAUUCCUGAUAUUAGGUCGAUCUCAAGUACAAGAUUGGCAGUUAUUAUCUCGACUUGUGUUACAUUCAAAUCGCAGUUUUCACAGAGAAAGAAAAAGAACGAUUUAUUCUCGAAGAAUCGAGACGGAAAGGUGGAACGUCCUUGGCCUUCAAAAAAUUCUCGUCAAUCUCUCUUUGAGCGUUCGCAAAUUAAUUUCCGAUAGUGAUGAACAUCGGUUCGUCACCCUCGGGCUUUGCUUGGUCCGCAAAUAAAUCACGUCUUCUCGCUGUCCCGCUCGUCGACCCGCUCGUCUCGUAUCUCGAAAUAAAGAGCGUAAGAGCCGACCUCUCUGUACGAGGCUCUUUUGUCCCUCUCCUCCUCCACUUCCUCCUCCUCCACCUCCGUUUACCCUCUCACUCCCUCCCUCAUACGUCUUUUACUCGUCGUCGGUUCCUCUCUCUCUCUCUCUCUCUCCCUCUCUCUGACCCGUUAAAAUAGACAGGCUUCUUUCCCGGCCAAAGUCGCAGAUAUUACCGGCCAAUCUUGCGCGCCGACGGCCUGUCCGCGAGAAACGACAGUUUACCUCGGAUCUGCGGCGAAGUUGGUUCUAAACCGCGACGACGUGGACGACUCGCCGGUUCUCGGCUGGACCCGUCUGAUCCAGAUUCGCAAUUUCGCAGACGUAAACCGCGGGCACUUCGAAUUUCGCCGGGACUGGUAUAUGUUUUUAAAAUUUUCCAGUGAAGUUAGUGAACCUCUUCCAUUUCCCCCCUUUCAACGUGUUUGGUAUCCAAUUAAUUAUCGUUGGCAAUAAUCGCGAAUGCGGCUAUCCGCCUUUACAUUUAAUUACUUGUUCGACGUUUAUUUUUGACCGACGUCGGUUUAACUUCCUGAAUGUCAGUGCGACGUAUCGCUAUAUGCGUCAUGGAGCAUCGGGACACUGAAUGGGAUAAAUAUAAGAUAAAAGACCAGGGAGAAUAAUCGAUUGUUGCUAUUAUUCCGUCUAUUGAUAAUGUUAAAAAUAUAUUAAGAAUGGCGCGCGCUCGUGUGUAGGUGUGUGUGUGUGCGUGUGCGUGAGACGGGGCUCGGAAAUGCGACGCUAUCGCCGCGAGCGAAUAAAAGUCGCGCGUCUCGGUUAACAGUGAUGCGGUAAAGGGCACUGAAAUGUCAAUUCGCCACUCGGCGUUGCGUAAAGUAAUUGCGUGCGGAUCAAGUGGGUGUUUACCGCCACCGGGCAUUUCCAAGUGCCACGACCCGGACGACGAGCGACUCGUCUUUUCCGCGUGCUCUUUGCACAGAAGACGCGCGACACGUCGCCGGAGCAACGGGAACGCCGUCGGGCUGAUUAAUUGGCCGAUUAAACGGGAGGCAGUCGAAUUACGGAACCGCCGAUUAUGGACGUAAUACUCGCGCGCGCGCGCGCGCGCGGCUUAAUCGGCCUCUUUUCCCUUCGGCGUCUCCUCCCCUCGGUUGCUUACCGUACAAUUAAUUAAUGUGCGUGACCCGAGAGUGGAAUUGGAACGACUAAUCCGUCUCUUAAUUACUCUGUGCGGGACGAUCCGUAACUGUUUCAUUCCGUGAAACUUCGGCAGCGGUGAUGUCCCGCCGUUUAACGUCCUCCUCUGUCAAACGAGGAAUUGUUUGUAAAAAAAAGUCGUACGAAUAUUUUAUUCAGUUGAAUAGUCUGCCGAUCGAUAACUCAUGCAUUCAAGAGAAAAGACGUCGACCGAACUGACGCAAUCGAUUAUUAAUCGUAACUGGUCGAGUUACUUUUAAAUGAGAUAAUAUUCAGCUACGCACGAAGCGUUUCAUAAAAAUGUUCACUUGAAGACAACCGCAUAUCAAUUCGUUCGAGUCGCGCGCGCGGAGUUUUUCCGCCUCGCACAGAGCCGCAAUUAUUCAAUGUGGAGCGGCAAUAUAAUGCGAGAUGAUCUUAGAAUAUCGCGAUGUUGACGGCCACAUGGCAGACGUUACGUGUUGAAUGAUCAAGGAGGAACGAUCGGAUCAGAGAAGAAGGAUCGUCGUCGCGUUAGGGCUUAGGCGUUUAGUAAAUGUGAGCAGGGAGAAAGAGAAAGAGAAAGGGAGAGGAAGAGAGAGAGAGAGAGGAGGACCGUAUUGUGCGCUCGUGCAAGUUUACUCGCGCGUGUGACGUUAAUUAAUGCGCGCGAAAACGUUACCGUCGUGCAGAAACACGCAUCUCCGGGCAUCUCCAAGAUGACGAGAUUACCGCGCGGGCGAGAUAGGAACAUAAAGGGCAGGUCGCGAUAAAAUGUUUACGCACGAUAGAAUUUCCGCGAAUGCGCGAACGUGCAUUUUUAUUUCGCGGCAAUAAAACACGAAACGCCCGGAGAUAUUAUCUUUCAUUCGGUCGUACUAUUCGCUCCGAUAGCCCUACGUAAUUACAAAUUUGCCUGAAAUUAAAUCUACUUUUCGCACGCGCAAACGGAUUUCACCGUGUUCGCGUAGCACACGCGAGUCGACGAGAGUCGAAUUAAUUAUUCAGUUCAAUCGAGUCGAAUUCCUGGCAGAAUUAUUCCAGCGAAUUAUUCGAUUCCGCUCAACGGAAUGUUUUACGUAUAUAUACCCGUCUGUUUAUAUUGAAAUACGUUUGUACCGUAACGUUUUACGGCGGCGGCGUGUUCCUCCAUGUGAGGCGCGCGAUAAAUUUUUACGUUAUUACGUUUGCCAUUUAUUUUCGGACGUGAAGUCGGCUCGGUGAUGGCUCCGUAUCGUCGCUCUCGCCGUUUUGAAAACGUCGUCGUCUGCACGCAUGAUAAUUUUCAGACGCGCGGGGUGUAUCCCAACAUAACGCAGAUCGGCGUUAAGAUGCCAGGCAGUCUCCAAAAAUAACGAUGCGAGGAACGCGGCGGGAAAUGUAGGCGCAACUGGGUCGCAAGUUCAUCAGUGCUAAUUAUUGCUAAUCGGAACAUCUCGUAGAUAUUUUCUGAUUCUGCGUCUCGCCCAUGCGAUCUUUCGUGAUGGAUCGCAUAAUCGGUCGAAGUUCGUCAAUGUAAAUAUCUCGUACAGAUGAAAUCAAUACAUGUUAAGGGACGAUAUAAUUAAAUACAUUAAUUUGAACAUUUGAGUAAUUAUUAAUUGCACACACUAACAAAUUUAAUACUAUAUCCGGAGAAAAUUUUAUAGUAAAGGGUACUAUGGUAAAUAGUAAAUGCAGAUGAAGGAAGAAAUUGUGAAAAUUUUUACUACACUUUUUAUUAUAUCACAAUAGUAUUUACAUUACUUAUGUUAUAAUUCUCUGAAAUUUCUUUUUAUGGUUGCUACUGCCCUACAUAGUAAAUUUUAUUUUCUCGGUGUACAAAAGAAAACAUGAUAUAGAAAAGAAGACUAAUAUUUAAAUUGUUCGUAAUAUAAGAUUGACAGUUUUCUUCAUGAUAUUCUAAAUCUGGUCCAGCUAUUAACAGGUUUUAAUCAGCAUAUGUGUUAUAAUAACCUAUUAAUGAAACGUGAACAAUUUCGCGUUGGAAAACAUACAUAUUUGUUAUUUGUAUCGGAUCGAAUUGUUUGCGUGUUCCGUUCAUAAAAAUACGAUAUUUUUAAGGAGGCCGGGUUUCGUGUAAGAAAAGAUAUUGUUUUUCAAUCCCAGUUUUAUCAUCGCACAGAAUAGAAAUAUUUUGCAGAAAUAAAUUUCCUACGAUUUUAUAAACUUUUAUGUUAUCGAUACUUCUGUUUAUUGUAAUAAUGUAAAUUAUAACAAGUCAUUGAAACAAAUCUUUUCAGUCAAUUACCAAAUAAUAGAAAAAUUUGAUUAUACAUCGUAUUUUCAUAAAAAAAGUUUGUGCUUAUAAUUUUUGAAUGAAUUUUAAUACCACCAUGCUUUAUGCCUAAAAUUCGCGUCAAAGCCUUUGCUCACCAUUGUCGUGGACAUAAUUCUGAAGAAAAUUCGAUAAUUUUAUGGAGACGACAAGUAGUCCAGAAGAACUGUGUGUCUGGCCCUUGUGCUUACCGUACCGUGGCACGAGUUACACGACCGACCUCCUGGUACCAUAUCGGAUUAUACACAUCGUUUCGAAAGUAGUAAAAGCAAUGUAGGACCACCUUGCCGGGUGGUCGAAAGGCAGAGAAGAGGUCGGCUCUUCGCUCCAGUAAUCGCGAAUCGUUUGUCGUACAAGAUGAUACCCUAAGAAGUCCGAUAUUUUUCUCCGACCGACAUUCCUCCCGCGAAUAUGUGUCAAUCGCGUCUCCUCACGCGACGUUCUCACAAGUGUAUGCCAUAUAUGAACCUAACAGCUCAUAAACUAUGGACAGUUCUCAUAAAUAUUGAUUGAAGUCGAUUUGAUUCUGUGUCUUGUUCCGAGAACAAAAUUAGGAAACGAUUCAGCAGCGACGUCGUUUAAGUCCGGCACGCGAUUCUAAUAUACUUAAAUCUAAUAGGUUUUUUUAAGGUUCUCACAUAUUUUAUAUUCUUUAUGUGAAAAGCCUGAAGAUAUAGUAUGCUUUUUAUAAAGACUGAAUAUACAUAUCCAUAAAAAAUCAGCGGGAGAAAAAAAAACGAAUUAUGACAUCAUGAUGUAAAACAAGUAAUAAAAGAAAUUUAAAAAGUGCUAAUCGCCGCGAUUUGCAUAGGACCUUUCAAGACUUUUUUUUUACAAAGUAAGAAACACACGAGUGACAGUACGGAAAUUUAUCUGACGGUUAUCAGGUUCCGAAAGUUUGCCACGUCUCACAGUCACCGUCGCGGUUAAGUCGCAGCUGUGAACUUAGGGAACGAGAGAAAUUUUGAGCGCUAUCAGGCUACACGAGGGAGACUUCGAGGAAACGGGUCUGUUGCUGGUACUUGUCGCGACAGCCAUUUAACGGCGUCACGAUAAGUUUACGUCUGACAUAUAUCGCGCGAGCGACGCGGAAGCGCUAGACGCAGAAAUCGUGACGGAACAUCCGACGCGUUAAAAUAGACACCCUAGAAACUGACGCCUCGUAGUGUACCGGUACUAUCUGUAUCGCGGCAUAGUGCCCGAGGUCGUCGCGAUGCACGUAUCGCCGCACGUGUAUAUUUAGGUCUCCUGUCAUCGGUCUCCUUCGACCAAUCUAUGAAUCAAGAUUCAUAUGCAGAGUCGGCGGCUUUGCGGCGAGGGUGCCGUAAUAGAUUCAUUACUUGUCUUUCAAAGUCUAAUUCAGACCGGCCGGGCAAACGAGCAGACGCUUAGUGACUUGCUCGACGAAGUCGAACGGCGAGACGCAAAAGUAAGUUUACUCGCGUUCUUUUUUUCCCUCCACCGUCGAUCUGCAUCCGGCCCCUUUUGCAACUUAACUUUAAACUCGGUUUAACUUUCUACCUUUUUUUCAAUCCUUAGAACUAGAAGAGGAUGGAAAAUAAGUUAAAUCAGGGUCAAAGUUAAGCUACCUUGGUGUAAACGCACCUUAAACGUUUGACAAUAAAAUAAUAUAGAUUAUUAUAAUGUAGAGUAUAGAUUGUAUAAAUAUCGAGUUAGUUCUCGCCGUGAUAAAACGAACUGCAAAAUGUUCACGAAUGCAAUGUUAGCAUUAACGAUAGAUCAAAAGACGCGAAGGCAACCUGUAAAUCUCUUAGUAUUCUUGAAUAUUUGUGGAAAUAUAAGAUAUUUAGUCACAAUAUAAUUUCUUUUACGAAAUUCUCGUUGUUUUCAAUUAUUUUCCAUCGAUUACUCGAUAUCGCGAGACAUUAUCGUUUGAUUGAGAGACACGUGGUGAGCGACGGAUCGUCCCUGCAGACGCGUCCCAACGCAAAUCUUGUGGGGAUAGUGAAAACAAAUUACCUUUCGCGAGUCGAUUAUCCGUUUCUGAUAGAAACCGCUUGUCGCGAGCGGUAUUUUUAUGAUGCUAUAUUGACCACGGUACAAUGCAUUCAGAGUCACUCAAGCUUGCGAUACUCGAUAUUGUCUAUCGAUAACCGCAGUCUUGCUGUCAUUUGAUGCAGUUCAGUAUAAUAUUUGCAAGAAAAAAAAAACGGGUCUUCCGUUUUUCCAUGAGGCCAAUUAAACCAUACGUUUCUCAGUGGAAGGAAGAAGGAACCGAUAUCGAUCGCAAAAUCUUAAUCAUUUUGUUUAGCGCGCGUGACGCAACAUUUUUUCCCCUAAUUUUAUGAUUCACAUUUAGAAGAUGUAAUAAUUAUCUACGGCUAUAUUGUGAAUAUAGUGAAAGUGAGAUUGAACAGUGAAAGUGCACUAUGACAGAACAAGCGUAUGUAAAAAUGCAAUUCGCCGUCGUGCGAGUUUACGCCAAGAACAGCUACGCGAAGUUCAGUUUGAAAGAGACUGAAUUGCGGUUCUUAGCGUCAUAAAAUGCCGCAGUACGACGACAGUUUCCUCGACUCGCCGAGAUUCCGGCGGCGAACUCGCAGUUAUACGGUGCAAAAACAGUUUCUGCCCAAAUCGAAGUCUUUUCACAUCACGACCACACCUUUGUUGCUGGCCGUAACGAAUCACGCUAGGACUCUUUCUGGUUCCUUAUCGACCUGCAACCUGAAAGAAGUCGAGGAGCGCUUCAGCGGAAAGGCGCGCGGCGGUAAACUAGCGCGUCGUGCGCGCUCCUUCAAGGAGGACUUUCUGGAAAAGCUCUCCCACAUGCGUUCUCCUGGUAGCGGCAGCGGCGGCGGUGGCGGCGGAGGCAGCGGGGCGGCCACGAGGGCCGCUUCGCCCUCGUCACCGCGUACGCCGCGGGACAAGAACGCCUCGGGCACCAACGACUCCGGCACCACUCUGGAUAAGAAUCCCCUACGCGACCUGCACAUCCACGUACGGCAGGUGCAGCUGGCACUGCUCCACUUUCGGGAUGUCGUAUCCAAAAAGAAGCUCGAGAUGCUGCCCGGGAACGGCACGAUCGUCCUUGAUACCGUUACCACGAUACAUAACGCAUUGAAAUCCUACCUGCUCUACGAUAACAGCUCCACGCUGGGAUCUGCCACGAAUCAAGUGUACCAAGCGUUAGCGCAAUUGCUGAAACUCUGUGACGAUGUAUUGCUGCAUGGUGAUCAAUCUUCUGCUUUGGACACCGAAAACGUGACGCACGUUAUUGGAUUGGUUGAGGAAGCGGUGAAAAAUCUAGUAGCUCUGGCGCAUGAGAAAAUCGCUAACAAGCAGAAACCUCCAUCUACUACAAAUAGUAACAGAACUUCCGGGUAUGGAUCGGAACUAACACAAAGAAAUUCUCUACCGGAUAUACCAUUGACACCAAGAGAACGGCAGAUCUUGGAACAAACGGCAGCGAGUAGUAGCUUGGUUCGCAGCUCGCAUAGCUCCGAGUCGAUUUUACGGGAUUCUAGUCCACCUCCGAAACCACCGCUGCCCGACAGAACAAAUGUAUGUUUGUCGGAGGAAAACAGCUCUUCUGGCACACCUCCUCCGUUACCACCGAAGAGAAGAACGAGGACCCAACAACUUCUCGACGAAUCGGACGGUCUUCUGGCAUCUAGUCUUGAUAGGGUAUCUCUCCGAAGUCGAUCCCCAGAAGAUUCGUCAUCUCUUCUGAGCGCGUCGGCCGGUAGUUUGGAUUCAGCUCUGAAUCAUUCCCGAGACGAGGACGAGAUUCGAGCUAUAAUGGGACCAAAUGACGAAUCUUUAAAUGAUAGUAUGGACCUAAGUCUCAUGGCUACUAUUCAAGGCAUGCAAGUUAAUGGUACUUCAAACUGUAAUUGCUGGGACAGUUCAGAAAAUAAUAUACCAAGUACUAUGUUGUUAGGCCAACAAACACCUCAAGAAAUGCUUAAUCCAUUCACUGGUAUAGAAGGAAAGAUGGAACGUUUGUCUACUCAAACACAGGAAUCAGGCUUUGUUUCUAUGCACUCUCAACGAAGCUCAUCCCAAAGUUAUACCGCAUCCAGCAUGACAUCUAAGAGAUCGUCGCAGCAGAGCAGCAUUAGUUAUAAUUCCCAAUCGUUUAGUGCACAACAACAAUCGUUUUCGCAGACCAAAUUAUCCUCGGACAGUAACGGCUCUAUUUUUACACAGAAAACGAUGAGUAGUUCCAAAAGUACUAUUAGCACGACUAACGCGUCUGGAAAUGGGGACCCAGUAUUAUUAGAGAAAUUGGAAAUGGAAUCCGUAGCUACAUCCGAUUCUAACGAAGCGCCUCCAGCAUUGCCAGAGAAGCGGUUCAAACGAAGAAAAGAACGACAACCGUCGCAGUAUGAUAAUGUACCAGAAAAUGAGCAUUUAUCCACAUGCACUUUACACACUAGUAACGGAGAUAAUCCGGAUGCCAACAAACCACCCCCUCUGCCUCUAAAGAAACGACACAUGUUCCAAUCAGUGGCAUAUUCUGUUAUGGCGUACAUGGAGAUGUUCGGUAACUGCUCCCACAGUAAUAAUGAUUUUAUCUCUGGUCUUGGUACUCGUCAUUCUGUGGCAGCUUACAAUUCGAUGCAAGCGGAAUGGCAGCAGCACGAGAUGUCCCUUACCACAACCCAAUCGUGUUCCUUUAUGGCGCAUACUGUGACUGCUUUACACGAUAGCUCAAGCCUUUCUGUGACUACGACACCGAGCUCAGUAGAGACGAUAAAUAAUUCUAGUCUGCCCCCGGCAUUACCACCAAAGAGAUCUCGUUCCAUUAAGUCAAACAUUACACCUCCACCAAUAUCACCAAAACCCACCAUUAGCAUGCAGAGUAUUCAUAACUCGGAUCCUCUCGUGACAUCGACGCCUCUAAAGUCAGAGGAACCAUACAUACACGAAAAGAAAGAUGUUACACCUUCCACUCCAGUAAAAUUGAAUAAUAAUGUCAUUAUGGACACAGUAUUACCAUCGUCUAGACCUGCUAGUAAUGCACUUUCUUCCAUAUCAGUUGAUGAAAAUACUCUUGAACUAAGGGAUAUCGAUCAAGAUGAUAGUAUUUUAGAUGAAUUAGAUAUUAGCAAAUAUUUAGUAUUUAAAAAGCCCGAUGAAGAAGGUCCAGAUAUACGUGGUGGACAUCCAGAUGCAUUAUUAAUCCACGCGACGAAAGCAAAUAAACACGAUGAAAAGGAAUCAGAUUUUCUGUACCAAGAAGCGUUUUUAACGACAUAUAGAACCUUCAUCCAACCAUUAGAAUUAAUUCGUAAACUACAUAGACGUCAUCAACGUUUUUCAUGUUCUCCAGAUGUUGUCAAACAAAGAGCCGCGCGUGAAGCAUUUUCUUUACUUGUUAGAGUCGUUAGUGAUUUAACAAUAUCUGAUCUUGAUGAUAUUCUUCUGCAAACUUUAAUGGAAUUUGUACAGCAAUUAGUGUGCAGCGGAGAUCUCACUAUGGCCAAAGCGUUACGAGUUAAAAUUUUAGAAAAGCACACUAUGAAGCAAUUACAAGCAGCACAACCAAUUCUCUCGUCUCUAAGUGUAACAACGAAACAAGCUUCUUUAUUAGAUUUUAAAAGCGAACAGAUUGCGGAACAAAUGACACUCCUUGACGCCGAUUUAUUUAUGAAAAUAGAAAUUCCGGAAGUAUUGAUUUGGGCGCAGGAGCAGAACGAAGAGAGAAGUCCGAAUCUCACAAGAUUUACUGAACACUUUAAUAAAAUGUCGUACUGGGCACGAUCUAGGAUAUUAGAACACCGAUUGGAAAAUGAGGCGAAAGAUAGAGAGAAAUAUGUUGUAAAGUUCAUCAAAAUAAUGAAGCAUCUUAGGAAAAUUAAUAAUUUUAACAGCUAUCUUGCAUUAUUAUCUGCAUUGGAUAGUGCACCCAUUAGGAGACUCGAAUGGCAAAAGCACAUUACGGAAGGUCUCAAGGAAUAUUGUGCUCUCAUUGAUAGCUCUAGCAGCUUCCGAGCUUAUAGGCAAGCUUUAGCAGAAACACAACCGCCAUGUAUUCCUUACAUCGGACUUGUUUUACAAGAUCUUACGUUUGUGCAUAUUGGAAAUAGCGAUUUAUUACCAGAUGGCACUAUAAAUUUUUCCAAACGAUGGCAACAAUUUAAUAUUGUUGAAAAUAUGAAAAGAUUUAAGAAAGGCACAUACUCUUUUAAGAAACACGAACGCAUUAUGACGUUUUUCAACAACUUCAGUGAUUUCCUCUGUGAGGAGGCUAUGUGGCAAAUUUCCGAAAGCAUUAAGCCACGCGGUGGCAAGAAAGCACAACCGCAAAACUAGAAUAUACCUAACCCUUUCACUGCCUGCGUCUCGAAAGGCUGAAACAGUGAAUUAGGAAGUUUAUAUUUAUAGGUAUAUACUUUUUGCGGAAAAAAACAAGAAAAAUUCUACAACGCUCUAAGAGCGGUGAAAGGGUUAGCAAGUCUAUCCCGAUUCGACAGCCUCUGUGAGGUUGUGUCUUAUAUUAUUAAGCGUCAUGAAAAUUUUAGUAUGCAAAAAUGGUAAACUCCAUAUUUAACACAUUCAUUAUAACACAUUAUUUCAUUUAAAGUAAUUACAUUUGCGAGCAUCAAUCAGAGAUCAAAAUACCAAAACUCACUUUGACUAAAGAAAAUUUGUGUGGGUAAACUCGAUAUUCAAAAGCAUUUUAAAGAGUCUUUCUGUUUGUUACAAACCAAUAUACGUAUUUGCUAUGAAAAUACGCAAUUUCUAGACUUAACUACAUGCUGUAACGACGUUUAUCAUAAUAUUAAUGAAAAAAACCCCAAUCUUCAACUAUUCUAGAUACAUUUAAGAACAAUUUUUAUUUAUUUGCCUUUGCUAGCGAAUUGUAUAAAGUACUAAGUGUUCUUUUUUUCCUUUUUAAUUUAUUUAGAUGUAUGUAAACGUCCAUUUCUAGCUUUAUGUAGGUAAGCAAAUUUUCGAGCGUCAACAGAACACUGUUGAUUACACAAGGAUGAACACCAAUUACGUUGAUUAAUGUAGGGCCAUUGUAGUCUCGUGUUUGCGCUCUGCUACGCGCGUAUCGGGACACAUGGUACGACUGAGCGCAACUGUUACAUAUACUAUUGUAUAUGAUGAUAGAGAAAACAUUUUUUGUUGGCAACUUGUUAAUAGGUCUCAGAGCUUUCAGCUUUUAAUCACAUGACUAACGAUUAGGUAAAUUUAAUCUGAAUUAUAUAACAAAAGACAAAUUAAAUUCAAGUUUGAUUUAACUCGAUAACUUGCAGUUAUAGGCAGUUUUUUAAAUUAAAACUAAUUUCUUCAAGAUCGAAUGCUAACUCUUACAUGAUACAUUCCGUAGGUUAAAGAGAAAAAUCGGAUUCAUUUUAUCGCUGUUGAAAAUAUUCUCUUGUGUACUUCUUUCUAAUUUUUAACAUGUACCGAUACAGCUUUUAUUAGUUUUAGAUAUAAAAAGGUUGCCAUAUAAUAAUAAUUUAGCAGUUUGCGUGCCUCUGUCUUAAAGAAUGAAUCUUAAAGUGAAUGACUAUACUUCUUUACUUUUUUUGGCUUAUUAUUUGGUGAAAUUAUUACGAUUAUUUUGUAAUAAUAGCCAAUUUAUUGAUUCUCAAACUUCAUCCUUGAUGUGCAUACGCACAUAUACGUGUAUAAUAUCAACAUUUGUAAUACGUAGUAAUACCUACAGCAACAAAAAGGGCCUAAGCAUUUAAUUAACAAUUGAUGUUCUAGUACAAAACACGGGUAAUAAUAAUCCAUAUAAAUUAAUUGCCAGGAUAAAUACGCGAAAUUUUAAACAAGUAGUUACAAAGCUGCCAUAUACGUAUAAAAGUGUGGGUUGAAUUCUAUAAUGGGUUGAAUUCUGUAAAGUAAACUUUUGCCCACAGACUUAGAUAGAAAGGUAUAAUCUGAUUUUUGUUAUCCUUGACAAUUAUUGUAAUUACACUGAUUUGAUAUUUAUGGCAACUGCGUAUAGAGAGAAAAAAAUUUUCUUGAUUGAAAAACUAAUGUGAUAAAAUUGGCUAAUAUGUAUGUAAGCGAAAUUGUAUAUAAUGUUCUGUUUAUUUAUAUUACUUAUUGACAAUGUAAAAUCAUCAUUUGUAGAAUCUUUUGGAGAAAUAGUUAGAUACACUCAUGAUAUGUAAUACAUAUGUAGUAGCGAUAGUACAUAUAUAUUAGUGUUACUUCUGUAUCAUUGUUUUUGAUUCACACACCAUACGCGAAUGAAUGCAAGUGUGCGUCUUAUUUGUUUUGUCCAUUCUAGCUAAUGUCAAAUGCUUCAUUUGACGUAGGAAGAGUAAGCAGAGAUCUAUUAACGCUGUAAAUAAUUUAAUUGUAUGCAUAAUUGAAUUUAUGCGCAUGUAUCUAGCCAUUAUAUAAUUGUAAAUGUACAGUGUAUUGCAUUGAGUUAGUAAUUCUUAAGUUGGUCGAGAAUCAUUGUGAUGUCACGUUAGGUUUGCACGUAGCGCACAUGUAUGAUUUUUAAAAAUAUUAUCCUUAUUCAAUUGUGAAUUAAGCGAUGAGCGAUUGUAAACGAUUUAUAUUUUAUUUACUUUCUUUUUAUCGAUUAGAUUAUUUUUCUUUGAGGCAGCUAUAUUUUUACAUGUAGACUUUUAAUCAUAUCUUUAUCUUCCGAUGUUGAUAUAUAAUUAAUGUUUAUAUUUUGUAUGAUAUUUUUGGAAAUUCUGGCGAUAGUCGAAGACCCUUUGCAAGACCAUUGUAUGUACUGGAAUUGUAUCAUAAUUUCUAUAACGCGCGAAUAUUUUGUUAGACUAUUAGCAGAAUUUUCCCUUUGCAUAUUACAUACGAAUAUAUAAGUAAAUACAUAAUUUUAAGUAUUAUACUACCAAAAUACGAGUGAGAUGAUCCAUUGAUUGUGCAACGAAGAACUUAGACUCGAUUUACCGAUUUAGAUAGGCAAUUAAACUGCUUUGCGAAUAGGAAAAAAAAUUGAGUUGCUAAGAAGACGGAAAAACAAUUGCUGCAAUUGCUUCUUGCGCUCGAUACACAACUAUAAAACUAGGAUAGGCGAUAAUGUAAUUGUUAUUCUUCUUUUUCUAUCAUUUGCUGAAUGUCUUUUAGCUUCAGAGGAACAGUCUGUAACGGAAAUGGACUCUAAAGAGCAAUCGCUGUUAACUUUAAAGUUACAAUCGAAUAUGUGUAAUUUAUUGCAUAUAUACUCGGACUCUAAGGCGAGGCUUAUUUGCAAACACUCGAAAAUCCAAUCGUACAAUAUUUAUUGCAUUGUGUAUAUAUACAUAUGUGUUAUUAAUCUAGUCUAAUAAUACGAAACAAACUGCGUUGUCAAUAUUUAAACGUACACUUCUCAGCGUUCGAAGUUCUAAAAGGAAAAAUAAGUUUUUCCAUAUCGGAAAACGGGCUUGCGUCGGAAUUACUAGGCCCAUCCUCCCGUUGCACAUGGGCUUCCCCUUUUCCUUCGGUUGGGCGUGAAUUCUUCGCGUGGCCGAAACUCGCGAAUGCAAUUGAAUCAAAUAACUCUCGCCGAACAAAUGGAUCAUUAACGUUUUUCUGCGUGUACCGUCGAAGUGGAAGGCGAUAGAACGAGGAACUCGCCGCAAACCGUCGCGGAAAGAGAACACGGUAUCCGGACGGUCGAUUUUGUCGAUCGUCGCAGGGAGCUCAUACUCGCUGUGGUAUUCCGCGUCGGUUUUGGGCCGGUCUUCGUCCAUAGCGAAUACCGAAUAAGUAAACCGAAACAAGUAAUAAUCGCUAUCGAUGUGUUUUAUCAAGUCCUUCGUCGAAAGAUUACAUGUAUGUAACUUUGCACUCGAGUAGAUCUCACGGUAAAUAUUUAGAAAGUAUCACGCAUACUUAGGAGUACGCAUUGACGCUUCUCCUUGAUUUACAUUUCGUAUUUAUUACCGCAGCGACAAAGAUGACAUAUCCAUAAAAUGCUACUUAUAGGACGGUAAAUAUUAGAGAAGAAAGAAAAAUGUGUAUUAAGAUACUGUCUGAAAUAAUAUAACUUUAAUGCUCCAGAAAUUGAUUUAGUUGCUUACGCCAUGUAAUCGCAAGCACGACUAUAAUUGUAAUAUACAUUUUUUUUCUAGUAUACACACAUACACACACAUAUAUACAUAGAAUGUUUCAAAAAUAGAUGGCUAAAUUUUGAAGCAUAUUCACCACGAGAUUGAAAAAAAGAAAAACAUAAAAAUUAAAAAAUGCUUUCUUUUGCGAGUUAUAAGCCUUUUUUUAUUAAUAGCAUUUCUUGAUAAUAUUUAUAUCCUUCGAUGGAUUGGCAAAUUGGGACCAAUUACACAGUUUGCACAUUCUCCCGUUUUUAAUCCUUUGGAUUUUUAUUUAUAGAAACAUGUCAAGUUUUUCGCUUGUGAUGCUCGUGUUGCUAUUAUGAAAUGUUUUUCGAAAUCUUAUUACAACUUGGUAUGAUAACAUUUGCAGUAUUCUGAAAAAUUUUAAUGAUAGUUCAUUAAAUGAAGCAUUACUGCGAAAAAGUCAUUUUUAACAAUUUUUUUGUCGUAAAUAAAAAAUAUUUAUAAUUUGGAAAGCAGAGAAGAUGGCAAAUCACUCUAAUUAUUGUUCCUUCAGCAUAUAUAUAAAUCUAAAAUAAGAAGGUUCCUAGUCUCUCAAAGCCUCUGAAAAGGCUCGUUGUGCGAGUUACAUAAUCACAGGGGUCACAGGACAACCUUAUGAUUAAAGAUAGGGAGAUCUCACAUAAUUUAUCUCAUAGUUUAGAAAGGUAUUGUCCUGUAUUCACAUGACUUUUUUCCAUUUUUACUAUAAAGAGAAAAUUAAAAUACGUUCUUAAAACUCUUAGGCAUCUAUUUUUAAAACGUUAUACAUACAGACGUACACGCAGAGUACAGAAAAAAAUAAAACACGUGCAUUUCAAAUAAAUUGUUAAUCUCAUUGAGUUUUAGUUAAAAAUAGCUAAUUGUAAUCUGAAAAUUGGCUUUUUCAAGGCGCGUACAAUCCAGCGGAGGAUACAUGGAGGACACAGAUCUGAGUUUGCGUUUUAAUAUUCUAGUAUUAUAACAAUAGUCAAUAAAAAAUUAGCAAUUCAACCUGAACAUAAAAAGAGAAACGAAAGAGAAAGUAUAGCGGUAUAAAAAUUGAUAUUUCGAUCGCUCAUGUUUUUGAAUAUAAGCAAUAUCUCGCUGCAUUUAACAUCAAUCAAAUCUCUUCAGGGUUCUGUGUCAUACAGCUACUUUGCAUAAUCGUUAGGCGACGAUGGGACUGUAACUUUUGGAAUUUAUAAAAAUGCACAUCGUAUGUACAUCGCGAUACAAGGAUUCCAUUCGCGACAAGUUCCCUCGAUCGCUUCCCGAUCGACAAUGAUCUUGAAUCUUUAUAAACUCGUGAUACGCGUAUAUUCAAUAUCGUAUAUCUGUCAGAAAGAAGCAUGCAGGCCGUACUUUUUAGACUGUUUAGACGUCGAGAGGAAGGCGAGUACGUGGCGACGGAUCACUAUUCAAUAUUUUACGGAAUAUAUGUAUCUCAUUCUCGUAGGGAUUUACGAAAAACUGUGCACACCAUAACGAGGUAUACAAUUAUCAAGGAAAAAGAAAAAAAAACGAAAGCGGACAAUUGAUUGAAGCAUAUCAUUUGUAAGUAACGUGAUAUUACUAAGUGUUAUCGCGACGUCCCUCUUGACUUUUACGCUGUAACGAUAAUGUGGGAGGUUUUAACCGAGGCACACGGGCGAAAUGUGUAUAUCGUGCUCACACGCGUUUUCAUCGUACGACUUUAUUCCGUAGCCUAUCGUCAUAUUUUUCUAUCUGUAUUUUUAGUACGAUCAUACACGAACGUGUAUGCGCGCGUCACGGUACAACGGAUAAAAUUUGUAUCGGGCGAUCUUUUCAUGUCGAUGCAAUUAAUGUUUAAUCUCCUUCGUGAAACUUAUAUAUCUAUACGCGCGGAUAUAUUUUUCCUUUUUCCUUUGUAUUACGGACAAUUUGUAUGCGUAAAGUUUUGGGUCAAAUGUUACUGCUUUCUUUGUAAUGAAUGUACGAAGAAGUGAAAUAAAAAUGUGUUAGUCGAUGGUA